AUGGGUGACAAUCCUGAUAAUCCUGGAGCAAAUCAACAACCUGUUGAAGGAGGAAAUAAUAAUAAUGUUGCUGAUCAACGUUGUCCUGUUAUUAAUGUAUCUCCACCUGCUCAACUAAUCUUGGGUGAUAGCCCAGUAGAAAACUGGAAACUGUAUAAACAAGCCUGGUCUAACUAUAAAGUUAUCGCUGGACUAGAAUUAAGAACUGAAGAAUAUAGGAAAGCUUUAUUUCUUCAUAAUUUAGGCCGUGAAGCUCAGUUAAUUUAUAAUUCACGCAAUCGUAAAUUCCUACGUCAAACUGCUGAACAAUCUGAUUUAUUGGUUCCUUAUCCUCCGGAUGAAGCUGCUGAAAACAACGCAGAAGCCAAUGUACAACAUAAUCUUCCUGAUCAACAAGAUGCUGUACAACCUGAUGUCGUAGAUAAUCAACCAGAAGUCAAUAUACCAGUUCUACAACCUGCUGUUCAUGAUCGAAAUAAUAUGAGAGACAAUAUAGUCACACGUUCUGGACGUCUAUCACGGAAACCCAAAUAUCUUAAGGAUUAUGUUACAUAGUCUGCAAAAAUGUGUUUUCUUGUAUAGUGAGUGUGUUUCCUGUAUUAUGUGAAAUUUUAUUAUCUACGCAUAAGUCUGUGUUUCAAAAUGUUACGUUUAUACUGUGUACUUUAUUAUUAGGUCAGAUUCUGUGUGAAGGACUUAGCUCUUUCUGAAAAGAGAAAGGAUGUAACAAUAUUGACCUAAUAAGCCUCUUGACAAUAUUGUGGUGCAUCGCCGGUGCCGAGCAUCAGAUUAUGUAGUUUAUAUUGUCCAAUCGUCUGUGCUUAUCUUACUAAUGGCUCAUCAUUAAAGUUUAUGUUUAU